UCAGAAAUUAUUUUAAAUUUUAAAAUUAAAUACAAAUAGUAUCUAACGAAAACUGACUGCACGAUGAAUGAUAAACAUACAUGAUUACACUAUCCCCAGGAUCCUUAGGAAAAUGAUGCAACGAGGAUCCUUUUCCAUUUUUGAGAUUCAAACUUAGGAUUUUUUACUCAUAAGUAAAAAAACAAAACAAAACAAAAAAAAAAAAAAAAAAAAAUUCUUAUAGGUAACCUGUAGUACAAGGUAACUUUCGAUCAAAGUUAAUUUGCUAGGUAAAGAAUGCGUGAGAUUUAUUUCAAAAAAAAAAAAAAAAAAAAAAAAAAAGUAGCAAACUUUUAUAAUUUAUGAAGUCAGUCUCCUACACCAGUCAACCGCUUAACAUUUCCACCCAGCCCGAAAUCUGUAUCUUCCUGUGGAUGGGGAAGGCUUCGUGGAGGCUGGGCACAGGAGGAAAAUCCAUAUCCGCAUUAUGGUCCGCCACCAACUGCCAGCGGAUUCGAGCAAAACUGGUCUGAAUCCGACUGAUCAGUAAUAAGGUUUGUCAAUUUAGAUCGAGUCGAAUACAAGUUUUCUGUUUUUUGCGUGUAGGGAGUUUUCGGAAGCUCGUAUAUCAUGGCAGUGGCUUUGGUUGGAGGGGCUGCGAUAGGAGCACUGUUUGGAGUACUGUAUGAUGUCGUAAAGGAAUCGAUGGGAAGGACUGUUAUGCAGUACAAACCCCUCCUUGAAGAUCUCAAGUUCACACUAGACUGUUUACGACCGCGGAUCAUACAAGAGAUAGGAGAUCAUAACGUGGCACUGGGUCUCCCAAACGAUGACAUAGAACGUCUCCAACAACAAAUGGAGGAGGGUAUAAAGCUCGUUGGCAGGUUAUCGAAGCUUAGCAUGUGGAACUGCUACGUCUUGUGCAGUUGCUGCAAAUGCUCGGAGCCGAGCUACACUGAUCGACUUAUUCAAUUGGAUAGGUCUCUUAGAGCACUGUUAGAAGUGCUGAGGUUGCAGGAAGCCAGGGACAUGAAGGAGAACUUGCUUUUGAAUAGGAAGAUAUACGAAAAACAAGAUGAAUUGGCAACAAGGCAGUCGGAAAUACUGAAAAUUGCAGGGGAGAUACUGAGAGCGCAGCAGGAAGAUAAGGGUGUGCAAGAGCUUUCAGGAAGUAAUGCACAAACAGUGGUGCAGGAGCAAAUUGGAGGCAGUGGUGUGCAGCAAGCGGCAUCAAUAAACAGAGGAGGAGCUGCUCUAGGAGCAGUGUUUGAGGUACUAUUUAGUGCCGUUCAACAAACGAAGGAGAAGACGAGGAUGUUUAAACGCAUCCUGGGACAUCUCGAGUCCACGCUAGACUCCAUAAAGCCAUUGAUAGAAGAGAUUGCAGAAUAUAACAAGGUAUUGCAUCUUACAGAGGAAGAACUUGAAAGUUUUAGAGUAGAGAUGGAGAAGGGUGUAGAGCUCGUUCGCAAGUGCUCAAAGGUUAGUCUUUGGGCAAGCAACAAAAAGUAUGAAUAUACCAACAAACUUCUUGGAUUAGAUGAAUCUCUUCAAAGAUUGAUAAAUAUACUGAGAGUGCAACUAGCAAGGGAUGCGAGAGAAAGCUUGGUUUCGGUAGCUAAUAUGGAGACGGUGACCAAGCAAAUUGAAGAGAGUGGUAUGAUACAAUAUGAUCAAACAGAAAGUCGGCGUCCAUUAGUUGAACUUCCAUCGGCUACCGUUGGUUUGGAUGUAUUGAGUGUGCAGGGAGCAGGGAAGAUGACGAAAACAAGGGAAUUAGAGGAGGGGGCCAAGAAAAUUGAAGGGAGUGGUGUUGUACAAAAUCAAACUGAAAUUCAUGGUUCUUCAAAUAUGGUUUCAAUGGAAGAGUCUGAAACCGCAUUUGAGCCGCAACAAGUCUUCUCGGAAUUUGGCACAAUCCACGAGAAUACGCAGGGUAGCAGACCUGAUACUUCUCCAAGGUUCUCCAAUUGGUUCAGUAGUAGAGCCAAAAAAAGAGGAAAAAGUGGGAGCGAAUAUGGGCAGAAACGUGUGAAAGAACUCUCUGCCAUUUAUGAUUUUAAAUCAUACGCCUACAAAGAGUUGAGAAACGCAACUGAAGAUUUUGGUCCAGCCAAUAAAAUCGGGGAAGGCAGUGUUGGUUCUGUCUACAAGGGACGCCUUAAAGAUGGAACUAUAGCUGCUGUAAAAGUUCUUUCAGAUGGAUGGACUGCAGGAUCGCGGGAGUUUUUGAAUGAGAUUCAAGUGGUCUCAAAAAUAAUGCAUAAAAAUAUAGAGAGGCUGUAUGGCUGUUGUUGUGAAGGGAACCGAAGAAUUUUGGUCUGUGAAUACCUCGAGAAUAAUAGUCUUGCACAGACUCUUUUUGGUGAAGGUAAGAAUCAGGUCCAGUUUAGUUGGCAAACACGGCGUGAAAUAUGCAUCGGGGUUGCACGUGGGCUUGCCUUCCUUCAUGAGGGUAUAAGGCGACAUAUUAUCCAUAGAGACAUCAAAGCAAGCAAAAUUCUCCUCGAUAAAGACCUAGUGCCUAAAAUUUCAGAUGUUGGUCUUGCGAGACUUACUCCAGCCAGCACGACGCAUGCUAGCACCCGUGUUGCAGGGACAAUAGGUUAUAUUGCACCGGAGUACGCAAUACGAGGGCAAUUGACAAGGAAAGCAGAUGUUUAUAGCUUUGGGGUGCUCCUUCUGGAAAUAGUCAGUGGCAGAUGUAAUACUUAUAGACAACUUGACGGACCGUAUCUGCUUGAAAGGGCAUGGCAACUCUACGUACAGAGGGCGCUUGUUGGGCUGGUAGACACAUCAAUGCGCAAUGAUUGUGACACGGAGGAGGCUUGUAGAUUCUUACAGAUUGGUCUCAUCUGCACCCAGGACACUCCGAAACUCAGGCCACUCAUGACAACUGUGAUUAAGAUGCUGACAGGAGAGGUGGAUGUCAACGACUGUAAUAUAUCAAAGCCAGGCUCAGUAUCGGAUUUCAUGGAUCUUGAAGUACGAGACCCUGCCAGUAGUGUUAGCAUACACUCCUCAGCUCCCAUGUCAUCACUUCAAAGUUCAAGCAAGAGAAGUCAUUAGGCAGCUCAAGGAGUUGAAAUGGAUAAACGGUUAACUGCAACUCUUGUAGCAAAUCUGGUGAUUAGUUAAAAUUAACCAGACAAUUAUGGUUAAUCACAUUGUUUGUACUGUAUGUGUAAGGAAAAGUGUGAAGAAAUGCAAAGUCUGAAUUUCUUCUU